CUCCUCCUCCUCGGCAUCAUCAGGAGCAGCAGCAGCAGCAGCAGCCCUGGCAGGAGCCAGAGCCCGGCAGCCGAGGCUGCAGCCAGCUGCUGCCAUCCCUUACCUGCACCGGCACCCGGUCAGAGCCCUGGUCCCACUGCUCCCAGGGGGAAUAGGGCAGAGGGAGCUGAGGGAGCUGCACUGCAGAAGGACCCCAGACAACCCAGGUGAUGACCUGAAAAAAUCAUGUCUGAGGUCCAGGGAACGGUCGAGUUUUCUGUGGAGCUACACAAAUUCCACAAUGUGGACCUCUUCCAGAGAGGGUAUUACCAGAUAAGAGCUGGACUGAAGAUCCCAUCCAGGAUUCCCCACAGGCUGUUUGCUACGAUUGGAGGACAGACAGGUGAUUCCAGUCUUUGCUCAGCCUGUGUUCAUGAAAACAACGUUUACAGCAGAAUAUUUCAGAUUUUGUACAGAAAUGAAGAGAUCAUUCUUAAUGAAUCAAUGAACUUCAGAGUGCACCUGCUUCUGGAUGGUGAAAGGGUGGAAGAUGCUUUGAAUGAAGCAGAUUUUCAGCUCAAGCUGGACCUGCACUUUACUGAUAGUGAACAACAGCUGAGGGAUGUUCCAGCUAUCCCCAUGAUCAGCAGCCGAACACUGUGUCUCCACUUCCACCCCCGGCGAGGUCUGCACCACCAUGUCCCCGUCAUGUUUGACUAUUUCCACCUGUCAGUGAUCUCUGUCACAGUCCACGCGUCCCUGGUGGCACUACACCAGCCUCUGAUCAGUUUCGCUCGUCCAGGGAAAGGUUCUUGGCUUGGCAAAGGCAACCUGGAGGUGGGACCAGACCAAUCCAGUAUGUCACUAGAAAAUCUAGUGUUUGGAGCUGGCUACUGCAAACCCACUUCUUCAGAGGGCAGCUUUUAUGUCCCAUCUGAAAACUGCAUGCAGCAUGCAUACAAAUGGCAUAAGGACCUCUGUCUUCUGCUCUUGAAUGCUCAAAGAGGACUUCACACGUACUACACCCUCAUAAUGAAUGAGAUUCCUGAUUUACCACAGCUGAAGUUGGAGGAGCUAUCUGUGGAAGAGACGUUUUCCCAGCUUUGUAUGGAGCUGCAGCUGCUGAGCAAUCCAGAAAAGAUAGCAGAACAGAUAAGCAAGGACCUUGCCUGGCUUUGUUCUCACCUCCUGACCCUGUGGACCCAGUUCCUAGAGGUGGCAACGCUUCAUCCAGAAGUCACAGCUUAUCUGACUCAGGAACAUCAUAUGCUAAGGGUGAGGAGAUUCUCAGAAGCCUUCUUCUACACUGAGCACCAGAAACCUGCUGUGCUCACAUUCCAGGAAGGCUUGAUCCAAAGCCACGCACAGAUUUCUACAGAAAUUCGUAACUCGGAGUAUUUCACCAGCAUGCCCCCGCUGCCGGCAGAAUGCCUCGACAUCGACGGGGACUGGAACACUCUCCCAGUUAUCUUUGAAGACAGGUACAUGGAUAUGCCUUGCAAAGAUCAGAAUUUGGAAAUUUUCUCAGAUUUCGAGGUUCCUGCAAAUACUCAAAUGGAUGUAAUAGAUGAAAAUGAAGACUGUGCAUCCAAUGAUGCCACUGCAGUAAUAAAAGGAGACUUUGGGAAAGGUACUCCACUAAUACAUGACAGGAUAAACAGGAAUCCCUCAUGCCUAUACAGCAGUACUGAAGGUGCUGCUGAGGGUUUAAACCAGCACUCCACAUCUCAGGUAUGUACAGCUAACAAAGAAGGCCAAAGGAAACCUGAAAAUAUUUUUGUUUCAAGAAGGGAAACUGUCUCUGACUCAGAGCCAGGCAAUACAGAACACAUGCCAGGAGACUUUGAAACACCCAAGGAAGUUUUAUUAUUAAAAGAUAAUAGUCUUGGGGAAGAUGUAACUUGUGGAGACACAAAACCUAGCAAUAAGGACUCUCACAAAAGUGAGCCUGUGUUAAUUGUCAGUGGUCAGUAUGAGUGUGGAGCGUGUGGAACUGAUGGCUCAGAAGACAGGACUGAAAUACAUGAAAUAGAUGAAUCUGGUCAUCCUGAGAAUAAUUUCACUUCGUCUGAGCUUGCACUGAAUGAGUUGACCAGUCUUGAAAAACCAGAGGAUCCGGACACCAAGACUCAUCUGCCUGUUUUGAAACCUUUGCCCUCACACUGCUUUGAAGUGAAAUCGCUCACAAAGGAGCAGCGGGGUGAGGAGAGCGAAGAGUUUACCCUCAUGUCAGGGGCCAUUAAAAGAUCUUCCUCUAUAAUAUCUGAUUCAGGCAUUGAAAGUGAACCAAGCUCAGUGGCGUGGUCCGACGCUCGGAGUCGGGCGCUGGAGCUGCCCAGUGAUCGAGAGAUCCUGCACCACUUGGUCCGGAGGCACGCCAUCCACCGAAACUCCCUGGAGGGUGGCCACACGGAAAGCAACACCAGCUUGCCCAGCGGGAUCCAAGCAUCACUCACAUCCAUCAGCUCUUUGCCUUUUGAAGAAGAGGAGCGGGAAGUCGAGCUCACCAAACUGACAAAAUCUGUCUCAGCUCCUCAGAUCAGCAGCCCGGAAGAGCCCACGGAGGAGGUGGAUAUAUCCAAACACAGUGAGGCAACCUUGGGAGACCAAAACUCAAAAAGCUGCAUGGAAACAGAGGGUGAAGACCAGAAAUUAAUGAUGGACUCUUCUGAGUGUCAAAUCACCACUGAAAGUGGACAAAUAGAGCCAAGACGACAUCCCAAGCCUCUCCUCAAACACAGUAGCAGUAACACUGAGUUAAAAGGGGAGGAGGAGAAAGGUUUUCCAGAGACUUGCUGUAGUUUGGAAAAUGAAAGGCCACCCCUUUGUCCAAAGCAGCUCCAAGAAAAUGUCUCUGAGAGCCAGUCACUGGAGAGCAAUGGUGAGUGCAGCUUAAAAACACCAAGGGCUUGUAAUUACUUGGACCAAAAUAUAGAUAAGUCUGACACAUGCAUUAAGGAUCUAAAGGAUAAACUUAAGCUGGACAGUUUAAAAAUACAACAGGGCUUCUCCAAUAGUAGAAUUUCAAGAGAGAAGAGUUUCUCUCAAAGUGUAAAGGUGGUACCAGAUUUGUGCUAUCCCAUUACAGCUCCGUCAGAGACCUCCACUGAAUUUGGCUCGCUGCAAGGAGAGUGUGGCAGCUCUCUUGCUGCUGAGAGCCCAGCAGUAUGUGCAGAAAUGCAGGUGUUACAAGAAAUAGAGCUCAAUGACUCACCUGCCCCAGCAGACCCUGCAGCAGGGUCCUACCAGGCUGAACAUCCUCAGGAACCCAACAGCCAAGAGCAUAAACUUGUAGCGAACGGCACCGGGUUUCCUUUGGCAGCGGCGGAGGGAGUAGCCCUGGAAAGCAGAAAGGCUGCUGAUGUGGUUAACCUGUCAGUCUCUUGCACAGCCACGUGUCUUCCCUUCUCUUCCGUGCUCAAAGAGACCCCUGCCAUGGUCGGCCUCUCUGCAAAGCAGGCUGUGAUCCCUAUCACGCGCCAGCCCCUGGGCUCCUUCGGAGUUGUCUCUUCUAAUUCUGAUGAGGUGGACGAAGAGAUGAACGAAAGGAUGCUGAAUUUUUAUCAGGCCAAAGAAAAAUUUAAAAAAGAAAUGAAGAUUGAAGGAUUUCUGUACAGUGACUUAUCUGUACUAGCUUCUGAUAUCCCAUAUUUUCCACCAGAGGAAGAGGAAGAAAAUUUAGAAGAUGGAAUUCACCUGGUUGUGUGUGUCCAUGGAUUGGAUGGUAACAGUGCAGAUCUGCGCCUGGUAAAGACUUUUAUAGAACUGGGACUUCCCGGUGGAAAACUGGACUUCCUAAUGUCUGAAAGAAAUCAGACUGACACUUUUGCUGAUUUCGAUACAAUGACUGACCGAUUAUUGGAUGAAAUUAUUCAGCAUAUCCAGUUGUACAACCUCUCCAUAUCCCGAAUAAGUUUUAUUGGACAUUCCCUUGGUAACGUCAUCAUUCGAUCUGUACUAACUCGGCCCAGGUUUCGCUAUUACCUCAACAAGUUACACACCUUCCUGUCCCUCUCUGGCCCUCACCUGGGAACCCUCUACAACAACAGCACUUUGGUUAGUACAGGUCUGUGGCUCAUGCAGAAGUUGAAAAAGUCAGGGUCGCUUUUGCAACUGACCUUCAGGGACAACGCAGAUCUGCGCAAGUGUUUCCUCUAUCAGCUCAGCCAAAAAACGGGUCUUCAGUACUUUAAAAAUGUUGUGUUAGUGGCCUCACCCCAAGACAGAUACGUACCCUUUCAUUCAGCAAGAAUAGAAAUGUGCAAAAAUGCACUCAAGGACAGACACACAGGUCCUGUUUACGCAGAGAUGAUCAACAACCUGCUCCAGCCUUUGAUCGGGGCGAAGGACUGCACUUUGAUCCGACACAACGUGUUCCAUGCCCUGCCAAACACGGCCAACACGUUGAUAGGCCGGGCUGCCCACAUUGCCGUGCUGGACUCUGAACUUUUCCUGGAGAAGUUUUUCCUCGUGGCAGGACUCAACUACUUCAAAUAGUGCCUGAAGUACGGGGUAACAGAGGCCAACCUUUUCACAGAGCAGAGGAGAAUCCCUUAGCCAAAGGAGUGCAAUGUUAGAAAUGAGAUCAGGUGGGACUUUCAAACUCUCCAUUUCCAUUUCUCUUUCAGAGAAUAAAGUGCUAUGGCUUUAAGGCGUUCAAGCUUCCAAGUAUUGGUGCUUUUGGAAGAAAUAAAUAUUCCUCUUCAGUUUCUAUGUCUUUUGUCCACAUAAAGACAGGAGCCACUUCUGAAGUACAGAAUCAGAAUAAGGCGGCUCAUUCUCCAAAUGUGAUUGGACCAAUAUAAUUCCCGUUUCUCCUGAAUAAUAAACCAGGAACUUGUCUGUCCUUGAUUUAAUGCUUAUUUAUGUAUUAAAAAAGCUAUACAUUUGUAGCACUUUUGGGAUAGUUAACACAAGAGGAAACAAGUGUAUGUGAACUCAGGUUAAAACCUACUUUGUGAUGAAUUGAGAAGUCUGAAAACCAUUUAUGAAAGUUUCAGUGUUUCUGUUUGUUGGAAGAAAAUAUUUGGAUGAUUCCAUUCAUGAUACCAAUUUGUAACAUACAAAUUCUACAUUCAAAUAAUAGAAAGGAAUGGAAUAUUUUACAUAAAAUGAAGAAAUAUUGAUAUUUGUCUUUGAAAAGAAACCAUAACUUUAAGUUGGGAAGAAUUUUAUUCAAAUAAGAAGCUGCCAAACCAAGAGGAGUCUUUGGAUUACUUGUAAAAUAUCAGUGGCAUCUGUUCACAUUUCUUCUGUUUACAUUUAUGAGGAUCAUAAUUGUGCUUGUUAUAACCUUAGAGGUACAAUUUUUACUUUUACAUUUGUAUCCAAGUACAUUUACCUUGAAUUUUUUUUUUGAUUACUCUGAUUUGGAAUUCAAAAUACCCUUAAAAAACCCAAAAACUUAAAAAAGAAGGCUGGAGAUGUAGAACAGUAAGGAUUGUGGAAAUCUCAAAAAAUAUUACAAUGUCUUCUUGAGAUCCUCUGCAAUACCCUAUGAAUGCUUUGUUAAUACCCAUUUGCAGUGCUGUAUAGUCCUAAUUAUUAUAUGGUUUCAGGUGGUUCGAACAUUUAAAAAUUUAUUCAUGUAAAGAUAUCCAAGUUGUUUUUAAGAGUUUGGAAAAGAAUAUAUUUCUCACUUUUUAAUUAUUUUCAUCAAAUAUUCAUUAAGAUUUUUAUCAAAAAGUUAUCAGAUUUAAAGUGGCAAAUUUCAAUAACUUUCUGUACAUUUUCAUAACAUUUUGAUAAAUUUUCAAUGUCACAGCAGGUUUUUUUCAAAAUAAAAAAGAGAAAGUGAAUAAUUCCUCAUAAUUAUUUUUGUUUGGAAGGCUGGUAAUUUUUAAUGCAGCUAUAGUUUGUUUAAAAACACAAAAUAAACAGGUCUCUAUAUCUUGUAACAAAGACUGUAAAAAGAAUUACAGAGUUGGGUUUAGGUGUCAAGGUUCUUAUCAGUAAAUUAAGAUCAAGACAGUGGAGAUUUCUGAAAUAAGAGAAUAAAAAAUAAAAACAAAAACCUCACAGCCACAGGGAAACAUUUGUACCUGCAAAAAGUAAAACUAUUUUUUCUCAAAAAAACCACAAAAAAAUAAGUGGAAAACUUACACAAAAUCAAUUCUAGGAAAGACUUGUUUUCAGGCUGGCAAAUGCUGAUAAAGAACAAGGCUGGUUUGAUAAGGUAGGCGUGUUUUUAAAAUAGAAAGGAGAAAAAAGAAAUAUACCAAAGAGUGAGAUUAAGAUUGACUAAAAAUAUGAAGGUAUUUUACAUAUAAAAAUCUUGUGCUUUCAAAGGGCAGAAAUUAUAUAGAAACAGUUCCAUGGCUUAAUUCAAUGUCAGCAAAUUUUCUAAACAUUAAAUAUUACCUCAGUAUUAUAAUUAAAUAGGUAAAUACUAUUUUCUCUUUUUUUCUUUUCCUUUUUAUAUAUUGGCAAUUAAAAGUCAGUUUUAGCCCAUUAACAAAUAAAUUAUGUCAGGAACUAAGAACUUCUGGUUUUCACUUCUUGUUUGGAAAUUCUUUCUCACUUUUCAGCCUCAGCUGUCUAAUGCCACCUACACUGACAUAUCACAGCUUACUUCUUCCUUGGUAAAUUGUCUAGAGAAUUUUAAUAUAACAGGACACGGAGAUUGAGCUGUUAUACAGUGCAGUGGUUUUGAGCCAAGAUAUGGAUUUUAUGUGAAAAAACAAGAAAAAAAGCAAUCUCGAACCAUCAGUAAGCUUCAGUGUGCUGUAUGAGGGUCUGAUCCACUUGUAAAAAGUGCUCAGGAGUCUGCCAACAAAAAAUUUGGAAAAAAAAACAUAUAGAAGGAAGUUAUUUUACACCUCCAUACAUGCCUGGUGUGUGUGUGUAUUUAUACAGUCUAUAUAAAGAAGUAUGCUUAUGCAAAGGUCUAACAUAUCAACUUUUGCAGUACUAGGUGUACUGAGCCUGACAACAUACCAGUGUAACUGUUCUUCUGCUCAGAUUGGUGGUUCUUGCCUUGCCUUGUACCCUGGACAGCAUUUCCAGCCUUCUGCUUGCAUGAUUGUGAGAGAAGGGACAUGUGGAAAGGUCUCUGUUUUGCUGCAGAAGUUGGUGAGCUUUUCCAUGUGUUCACUUUGAUGUCCUACGCUCCUACCAGUGCUCUGACUGAUGGCGAAAUACACCUAAAGGUUUCAGUCCUCCUGUACAUCUGGAAUUCUUUGAUGGCUCAGUCUGAUUUCAGAACUGGAUUGUAUAUGGAGCUGGAUUAGGUUCGUAUAACUUACACCUUGCGAGUUAUGCAGAGACCUUCCAUGGAGCCUCAGAAAAAUCUGGGAGAUGUCAUUCCUGUCAAAAGAUAAGACACAGUUCCUUCUGCUGGCAGAAUAUUGUGGGAUAUAUUAGCAGUAAUGGUCUAGUUGAGUUAUCAUUUUAAGAUUCUCAGAAUAAACUCCCUCUCUUUUUCUUCUUUUGUUAUUUUUAAUGGGAUGUUGCCUUGAUUAUGACUCUCAAUAUUGCAAAUCCACUUAAUUGUGUAGACUAUAUUACAAAGAAAUCUGCACUUUCAUUAUAAUACAAAUCAUAUCUAAGUUGUUGGACUUCAUCUGCUAUAGCAAUCAGCAUGGACUUAUUUUCAGAUUUUUAUUUACACAGAAAGAACUAUACAUUAAGAAUGAUCUUCAUAAAAACAGCAAAGUAAAUGCACAGUUAGCAUCUUUGUUUCUGUCUCAACCUUUGGAAUUUUAAUAUACUGUCCUUUCACAUAAAGCCUUUUUAAAAUAAAUUUAGCUACAUUUGCAGUAUUGCUACAAGGAUUUCCCUACAAACUGCACAGACUCCCACUGGCUUCAUGUAUCUAUGGGGGUAGGGUUAAACUUUUAAGCUCAGCUCUCACAUUUAUAGAGGAUAAGACAGUUUUUCAAAACUUUGGAGAUAGGAGGGACAAACAGGAGUUUUUUGCAGCUCAUCAGUGUCAGUGUUUGCUGUAUGUGUUUCUUUAGUUAAGAAAAAACAAAGGCAGUGUUCCAGGGUUGUUUCUUUAGCAUGUAGGAGGCGUAUAACCGGCAUGGAGGGUCUCCUGGCUCCACCAGGUGAAGUGCAUUUGGCUAUUGAGGUUUUCCAGUGUUAGAGAUGAGCUGUGGGCUAUAGCCCAGAUGAGUAAGGUCUCUGGAAGGAAAUGUGACAGCCCACGUGUAGAAAAAGAGGAACAGAGACUAAGAGAGGAGCAGAUCUCAGGGCUUUGAAAGACAGAGGAAGCAAUGGAGGGAAGGAAAGAAGACAAGAAGUUUCUGAAGCAAUUUAUAGCAUUUGAAAGGACUGACAUUAACUGUUUUAAAAAAUUUGAAGCACUUGAAAACGGUACAGUUAUAACAAUUCAAUGGAUAUUUAUGAUUAUGCUUUUAUUAGUAGCUGGACUAAUAAUUUCCAAUAUUUUGGGGCUUCUAGAUUCCACUGAGCUCAACUUCUGAAAUAAUUUAGUAUCUUCUGGAAUUGGAUAUAUUUUUCUUAAAAAUAUGACUGGAAAGAAAUUGCAGUAUUGACUAAGUGUGAGUAGAUGAGGGACAGAAUAGCAAGUUCUUUCUUUCUGCAGUUGGGCUGAGGAUUUUCAAGGAGUUGGUUUUGAAUCUCCUGGAAAUUGAAAAGCCAGUCUCCUGGAUCAUCUGGAGGUGCUUCUACUUGGAGAAUCCUAGAAUUUGGCUUGUCUAAUUUCAUCACUUAAUUUGUGCUUAAAAAUUAGUUGCAAAAUUAAUUUAUUCUAUGAAAAUAAAAAUCUUAAUUUCUCUAUGUAGGCAGUGAAGAGGGGCAGGUACUACUGAAAGUCUGCAGGAGUGAUCCUGUUUUCUGUUUUGGUGACAUUCAGGAUUACUACCCUCUAUUCUCUGAUCAGGGGACUUAUAAUAGGACUCACUAUUUAGGUAUCCAAGACAUAGACAAAAAUUGGAGGUCCAUCAUUUGAGGACUAGAUGACAUUCUUAAUUAUUAGCUCUUUAGUUUUUCAUACUUGGGCACAGUUUUUGACUGUACACCUUAAACAAAAGCAAACACUAAUCAUAAAAAAUAGAGGCUCCUUUAAAACUUUCAGGAAAUGUGUCUUUUCCCACCUUCCAAUGGUUACUCAUUUUCUCUGUAAUGAAAUUCAUAAUUUGUUUUCAAAAUCAGGUCUGUCCACUGACAAUAGGGGAAGUUGAAAUUCCUUAGCUUUAAAGGAUUAUUUUUUAAAGACUUGAAACCUUAGUACAGAGCUUUGGAAUUACCUACAGGAAUACUGAGCACUAUUUCACUUCAAAGCACUUCAUAAAUAACCACUGACCAAUACUCUUCACUGUUCCCUUGCCAGAGAAGAACCACACUUGAGAGAGAAAGCUGUUACAAGACAGUGUGAAAACUGGGAAUUCAAGAAAAAGUUUUCAUUAUUUGUAGGUUUCUCUGGUGCUUUUUGUAUGCUAAAAACCCAGUUAUCUUCCUUUAUACCUCUGCACUUGAAAUAGCUAAGUGGUGAUGGAGGAGAAAGGUGAGAACUUCUAAUAACAAGGUUAGACUCUUGUGCAGGUUUAUGCAAAUAUCCCAUGAAAUUUAAUAUAUAAUGAAUAGUCAUGGGGCAUUUCUGCAGCAGUUUUAGCAUGCAAAUAUGUGUCAGCCCAACUGAAUGAUUAUUUGCUUUGUGGACUUAAAUUUCCACUUAUAAAUUAUUGUCAGAACAGCUUCACAUAUUUUACUCCAGACGGUUAUUUGGAUGCCAAAGGUCAUGUCCAUGGAGAACUCUUAUGGAAUGUUUUCCUUUAUUCCAAUACCUAUGCUCAGCAAUUUGGAUAUUGAAUGUUGUUGCAUAAUUGACAGUUUCUGGCUCAAAUUACCUCCUCCCCCAAAUUUUCAGUGUUUAUUCAAUCAUUGAAUUGGUUUCAGGUUGUAAAUAAGUAUAAAUACAGGUCUAUUGCAGUCAGAGUUCAACUUCUUUAAUGCAGUUACUUUAUGCUUGUAGUAUCAGAGUCUCAGGGCAAAUAAUCACUGAAUUAAAAAUUAGGCCAAUUAUGUUUGGAGUCAUAAAAUACAUAGUCUGAGACUUGUUUAGCUGCAGUUCACUCUUCUCCGGUUUGGUUUUGCCUUUUGAGUCAAACACAAUCACAGCAAGGCUGUGCCUCUAGCUCUGUUCAUGUUUCCCUUAAUUUACUAUUCUUUGAGAUGCCUAAAUUGCCCUAAACUGCUGUUCUGUUUUGUCCAGACAUCCCCACACUUGCAUGGUCACAUUUUCAUGACCUGACUGCACCUCCUCCAGAGACUGUAAAGUCAGCACAGAUGGCAGUCACAAAUAUAUCCAGCACUGCCAUUCCAUUUAUCCAGGAGUGGGACAUCAUACUCUCACGUUCAUCCCAGUCAAUUUUCUCAGCCCUUUAUGAGGACUGUUAUACACCUAUCCAGACAUCUUACAGAUGACAGUAUAUUUUGUUUCAGAAGGAACAGUUGGCAAUGUCCCAGCCUAAUUCCUGUUCAAAGCAGGAUUAUCACAAGCAUCAUGGUAAAGGUCAGCCCUGUCUUUGUCCUGCUGAGUCUUCAAAACAUCUGGUGAUGAAUACAUUACACCUCCUCUGGAUUACCUUUUCAGCAGCUGUACAUUUACUCCUAGGGAGGGGGGAAAAAACAUAAAAUCCAAUUUGAAGUUUCUGAGCUGCAGUUUCUUUCUACUACCUUUUCUUAUUCCACCUUUUUAUUCCAUGGGGGCAGUCUUGCUUCUGGAGUACUUGAAACUCCCUUUUCCAUACAUUCAGACAGCUCUUUGUCAUUUGGCAUCAUUUCUGCUGGACUAGAUAAGCCUAACUCAGCCUUCUGAGGAAACUCAGAAGCUGUGUGCUUAGACCCCUCACUGUCUUGGUAAUCCUUUGCUGGGCCCUGUCCAAUUUCUCAACAUUGAACUGGGUUUAGGAGGCUCCAGGCACUGGCAAACUCCCUUGGAUAGUAACUCUGCUGCAAACAGGUUCCUUUCUCCUGUUCAGGAGGACCUCAGUGGCUGCUGGCACUCAUCACAUCCUCUUCCUGACUGAGGCUUGAAUCCAAAGAGCUGGAGCUCUUCUCCUAUUGCUACAAUUUCAAUCUUCCAGCUUGCAGCCCCCUUUGAGUUAACCUUUACUUUGGGCACAGCAGCUGCUGUUUCUUCUCUAUUUUAGUGAAACUCUAUAAUACAUAUGCACUUCCCUAAGAGAAAUCCAUGCAGUGAAUAAAAAUACUUAUGAAACAGUUUAAUCAGUGUUAAACAGACUGCUUUAAAUGUGCAGAUGAGUCAUGCCUUCCCCUCAUAGGAUAAAAGCAUAAAGAAUAAAUAUGUAUAAACUCUUCUCAUGCAAAAGGUCAGACUAAAUUAACUUCUGUUACAACCUUGAAACUUGAUUUCUCUGCUUUUGAAAAUUCAAUUCUCUACUUUCACCCAAAGUGCUUCAAGAUCCUAUUAUCUCAGUAGCAAACUAACCAUAUCUGUCUGAAAUGGAUUUGCACACGUAUGUGCCAGAAGUCCAUUGGCUAUGUACUAAAUCCAUGGAGCUUCACGUCUUCAAGUAUCUUCUGCCUCUGAAAAUAUGAAACUGUGACACAGUGAAUAGUUCUGCUCUUGCUGCAGUCCAGCCUGCCUUCCAGUCUUUGAAAGAUAUCAGCUACAAACACAAACUAUUUAUCUAAAGGAACAAAAAAAAAACCUCCUCCACAUAAAAGUCCUGUAAAAGUCUCCAGUAAUUAUUUUGGUUUUGAAGUGGGUGGUUUGAGUACAGUGAUGACCUCAGUUAUUCUAUGCAUACUAUAAAUGGAGUUACACUCAUAAGUAAACAGAUUUUGGUGCUGAAAACUCCAAUACUUAAGCAACUAAUUUAAGAAGUUUAUCAUUCCUUCCUGAAAGCCUAAGUGCUAGCAGAAAUCUAGCUGUUCCAGUCCAGGAGACACUUCCUCUUUGCUACUUGUAUAUGGAUAAGACUCUGUGCAUCAUUCCCAACUGCAGAAAGAUGUCAAGGAAUUCCUGCUACAGUAUCAUAUACGGGGCUACAUGCACAGGAAGGGUUGAAGAAGAGACUGUAUGUUCCCAGACACUGUUUAUAUGUACUAUACCCUACUUAGAAGGAAGCUGGUGGUGAUCACUGAGUCUAACAGGGUUCUGUUGCUUUUGGGGGGAAUUUAUGUCAAUUAUCCUCCAGAUAUCCUCUGUGAAGGAGCUGCUUGUUGGCUUCAUCCACCUCAUUGGAGGAAGGAGAUUGUUUUGUAGACUGAUUUGUCAACCUCUUGGCACACCAUUAGCCAACUAAACUUAUCUGAGCAGUCCUGCAUUCGAUGUGUGUUAUCUACCACCUCCAUGGUUUCCAUGGUCAAUGCAACAUGUCAAACUGAGCUGCCCUAUCUCCAGAGAAGGAAGCUUAUCACCAUCUUUUAAUUUUCCUUCACAUCAAUCCUCUUCAACCAAGCAUUCGUUUUUAAGCUGAUAGGCCAAUGAUUUAUCAGCUUUGCCACUCUUCUUACUAAUUUUAGUCUCGUAUAUAUUUGACUAGGCAUCCAGUUUGGGAAAUUAGCUAUUUCUUUUUUUCUGCAGUUAAAUCUUCUUAUGAAGUAUGAGGGAGAUCAGUCUAGACAAGCCAUGGUAUUCCUUUGCAACUGUAUGUCCAGGAAAAAACCAAAACACAAAAAACCACAAAAACCCACCACCAAACCCCCACUAGUAUUCUGCAGUGUAUUCUAUGUUUAUUUUUCACUGUGUUUGUUUUCCAAGAAAAAAGAUACACGUAACGUUUGUCCCAUACCUUUUUGGAUCUCCAGGUGAGUCAGAGUCUAGGUAUAGCUCUGAUAGAUUGAGAAGGCAAAGCUAAACCCUCCUUCGGUCUAGGAUGUGACUGGAAUAUACCCCACCAAGAUGGCAGUAAUAACAGGGAAAGCAAAGAGAACAACUUUCCAAACCCUACUCAAUUCACCAAAAUAAAUCAGUCCAGAAUAUUAUUGGAUAUUUGGGAAAAGUAUCAGUUCAAAACUAAAACACAGAUCAGUUUAUUCCAAAACACAAAGUUCAGACAUAAAUUGAAAUUUGUGUUGGUGUUUUACUACUUUGAUUUGUCUCUAAUAAUAAGAUUCCUGAAAUGCUGAGCACUUUAACCUAGAAUUUGUUUUCUUGGACUUAAACUAUGAAUGUUUUUAUUACUGAGGGGUUUUUUUUAGCCAGAGUCUUAGACUCAGGCCUCAGUCAUGACUAUUUACAUAGACUCGAGCCUCAGUCAUAUUUAUAACUCCCUUAAUAUAUACUCAUGUCUUUAAAAAAAAAAAUAAAAAUUGAUCUUAAAUCUCCAUCUUUUAAUUAUUCUUAGACAAUUAACCACAGCACUUGAAACAUCAGAGAAUUAAACUUUAUUUGCAGAAUUACCUUCAAUGAACAGUACCAGCCUUAACUAGGAAGAGUUGCCUGCUGGGAGAUUUUCUUUCUUGUUUAGAGGGAGUUUAUGUUGAUGAGUCUAAUUUAGUCAAAUAAAGUAAGUAAGUGAAUUCUGUCCUCUUUCUUAGCCCUCUGUUCUGUGCUGCAAAUUCACAAUCAGGCACUUAAAACUAAACAUUCUAUUUUAUGUUAUAAACAAAACAGGUCUGUGAGGCAGAUCAGAUGAUGUUUCAUCCUGUGUGCAAUGUGUGAACACAGUUACUUUUUUUGACAGUUUUUGACAUUGGAAACAUUAUUUUGGUUUAAGAGUCUUAAAAGGAAACCUUGAUGAAACUUUCUUAAAAGUUUAUUAAAACUGUAACCCUCAAAAUCAGGCUUUAACUUUUUAAUAGGUAAAGUUAGAAAUGUCAUUAGAAGUAACUUCAGUUUUACAGUAUCCAUUCAAAUGGAAUACCUAACUUAAUGCUGCUGCAUUAAUUCUCAGCUCAGUGGUAACACCUAAAAUAUGUUACCUAUAUGAGGGACUGUGGCUGAUGCCAAAUUCCUGGAAGUGUUCAAGGCCAAGUUGGAUAAGGCUUGGAGCAACCUGGUUAAAUGUGUUCACCUUCACUGUUCCUCAGCUGACAUUUGGAAUAGAAUUCUGUGGACAGGAGCAAAGUUCUGUGAAGAUCCUGUGUUUCAAAGAGUUAUAUUUUACUUAUUUUAUUAAAUAUUAAGAAAAUUUAUCUUGGAAUUAAAACCUACUGUCUCCUGUAAAUAAUUACUCUGAAAGUGCUUCUCUUUAAGCACACUGUUAUAGUUUGUAGUUAUCAAAGGCAAGGCUAGAAAUUUUUUUAAAAGAAAUUAAGUGUUUCAUUUUGGGUUUCAGUUCUUUGUCUAUUUUUUUUUUCUUUUUUUUUUUUUGUUAUUAUUGGACUGAGUUUCAAAUGAGUGAUACUUUAAACAUUCCUUUUUUUUUUUUUUUUCUU